GCGCACUCCAAUGGGCGGUGCCGGGGCGACCUGAUGUUCCCGGCGGCCCGUGCGUCGGCGGUGGUUGGGUGGUAAGAUGGCGGCUGUGAGUCUGCGGCUCGGCGAUUUGGUGUGGGGGAAACUCGGCCGGUAUCCUCCUUGGCCAGGAAAGAUUGUUAAUCCACCCAAAGACUUGAAGAAACCGCGUGGAAAGAAAUGCUUCUUUGUGAAGUUUUUUGGAACAGAAGAUCAUGCCUGGAUCAAAGUGGAACAGCUAAAGCCAUACCAUGCACACAAGGAGGAAAUGAUCAAGAUCAACAAGGGAAAACGAUUCCAGCAGGCUGUGGAUGCUGUCGAAGAGUUCCUCCGGAGAGCCAAAGGGAAAGACCAGACAUCGUCCCACAAUUCUGCUGAUGACAAGAAUCGGCGUAAUUCCAGUGAGGAGAGAAGUAGGCCAAACUCAGGUGAUGAGAAGCGGAAGCUUAGCCUGUCUGAAGGGAAGGUGAAGAAGAACAUGGGAGAAGGAAAGAAGAGGGUGUCUUCAGGCUCUUCAGAGAGAGGCUCCAAGUCCCCUCUGAAAAGAGCCCAAGAGCAGAGUCCCCGGAAACGGGGUCGGCCCCCAAAGGAUGAGAAGGAUCUCACCAUCCCUGAGUCUAGUACCGUGAAGGGGGUGAUGGCUGGACCGAUGGCCGCGUUUAAAUGGCAGCCGACUGUGAGUGAGCCUGUGAAAGAUGCAGACCCUCAUUUCCAUCAUUUCCUGCUCAGCCAAACUGAGAAGCCAGCUGUCUGUUACCAGGCAAUCACAAAGAAGUUGAAAAUAUGUGAAGAGGAAACUGGGUCCACCUCCAUCCAGGCAGCAGACAGCACGGCCGUGAAUGGCAGCAUCACACCCACAGACAAAAAGAUAGGAUUUUUGGGCCUUGGCCUCAUGGGAAGUGGCAUCGUCUCCAACUUGCUAAAAAUGGGUCACACAGUGACUGUCUGGAACCGGACUGCAGAAAAAUGUGAUUUGUUCAUCCAGGAGGGGGCCCGCCUAGGAAGAACCCCCGCUGAAGUCGUUUCGACUUGUGACAUCACCUUUGCCUGCGUGUCAGAUCCAAAGGCAGCCAAGGACCUGGUGCUGGGCCCCAGUGGUGUGCUGCAGGGGAUCCGCCCCGGGAAGUGCUACGUGGACAUGUCAACAGUGGAUGCUGACACAGUCACCGAGCUGGCCCAGGUGAUUGUGUCCAGGGGGGGCCGCUUUCUGGAAGCCCCAGUCUCAGGGAAUCAGCAGCUGUCUAAUGAUGGGAUGUUGGUGAUCUUAGCAGCCGGAGACAGGGGCUUGUAUGAGGACUGCAGCAGCUGCUUCCAGGCAAUGGGGAAGACCUCCUUCUUUCUAGGUGAGGUUGGCAACGCAGCCAAGAUGAUGCUGAUCGUGAACAUGGUACAAGGAAGCUUCAUGGCCACCAUCGCUGAGGGGUUAACCCUGGCCCAAGUGACAGGCCAGUCCCAGCAGACACUCUUGGACAUCCUCAAUCAGGGACAGUUAGCCAGCAUCUUCCUGGACCAGAAGUGCCAAAAUAUCCUGCAAGGGAACUUUAAGCCUGAUUUCUACCUGAAGUACAUUCAGAAGGAUCUCCGUUUAGCCAUUGCCCUGGGGGAUGCCGUCAACCAUCCUACUCCAAUGGCAGCUGCAGCCAAUGAGGUGUACAAAAGAGCCAAGGCACUGGACCAGUCUGACAACGACAUGUCUGCCGUGUACCGAGCCUACAUACACUAAGCCCUUGAUACCCCACCCGUGCCCCCCCAAUCUUCCCUCUGACCCCUCCUCCUCACAUGGGGUUGGGGUCCUGGGACUUAACUCUGGACCAGUCCACCUGUCUCCAUCUCCUUUUAUACAGACUUUGAGACUUGCCAUCAGCACAGCACACAGCGUCACUCCUCCCCUGGAGGUCCUGGGGAGGGGAGGGGUGUCAGCAGGAUUGGCCUUUGGGAAAGCUCUUGAGCUGGGCACUGGCCCUGGACUAGGUGGCUGUGUGUUCACACACACACACACACACACACACACACACAAACACACACACAACCCCUAUACACCACACACUGGCUCUCACCCCAGGAUAGAAGCUGCCCAGAAACUGCUGCCUGGCUUCCCCCCCCCCCCGCCGCCCCCUUCUGAGCUUGUCUUAUCUCAGACCCUUUCCAGUCAAGGAAAUAGAAUCAGCAGUAAGAACUGGAAGCCUUUCCACUUCCUUCCUUCAGAGCGAAGAGGCUGUGGUUAUGUUCACAUCCCGCCUGGAUCCCGCACAUGAAACAGAGGCUCUGGGUCAAGAUGAGCCAGCACUGACUCCAAACAGAGGGUCCUCAUGGGCCCUCCAACCUCAGGUGACCAGCUGAUGAGGAUUGUCAUGUUUAACCUACCAGUGUGCAACCAACUUUCCAUAAAUGCCUUUGUGAACUGAAAAGAAAUUGGCCAAGUUGAGCAGACACAGGGCUCUGGCUCUCUAGGGAGAGCAGCAAAUCGCCAGCACAUUAGGUGAGCCCCACAGAAGCCUACUCUCGUCACUGCUCUUGAGCACCUGUCCCAGAAGUUACCGUCACUGCAGAGCCCUGGGCUGGGAUCAGACUUUCUUGCUUGGUGUAGGGAGAGCUCACUCCUCACCAGGCUCUUUUAGUAUUUGGAUUUGCAUUCCAGCCCUUGGGAACAGGUAUCCUGAGGGCCACCAGGGAGGAGUGAAGAGGGAGGAGAGUGGGGUUCCUUCCUGUUUUCCGUUAUGCUGCAGACUCCCACCUCAUUCUGGAAGAGUCACUCUGACUGGGUCCCCUCACAGCAGUCCCACACUCUCCAGCCUGCUCCUGCACAUGUUCCCCACCUGCCCAUCUCUUCAUUCUCCCUUUCUCCUUUUCUUCCCAUGGAGACAGUGUUUCUGUCUGUCCCUUCUUUGGCCCAUACCCAGCCUGACCAACGAUGGCCAUUUCUUAGGCUCAGCUCUUGAAACAGGAACGAGUGUCUUCACUUCAGCCAGAAGCAUGGUCUUCGAUGCUUCCAGGGCCCCAGGGUCUCGGGAGGGAAGAGAACUGGGCCUGACCCAGCCUGAACUAUCUGACCCUAAGAGGUGGAUCUAAGACAUCCUCGAGACCCUAACAUUUCUCCUUGGACAGGGGACCAGAGAGGCUUGGAAUGUGGCAUAAAAACAAGGAGAAGUCACCUAAAGGAUGUCAAUGUUCUCUCCCUCUGCAUGGGUUGCAUUUUCCAAAGUCACACUUUGCAGGUCAGCGUUUUUAGUGAAUAUAUAGAAUGAGACCACAUUGGUGUGGGCCCCUACCCCCUCAACCUUGGCCCAUUUGCGCUGAUCAGAAUCCAGGCUAGGGGAUCUCAGAAGACAUAGGGGGAGGGCAAGGAAGAUGCCUGCGUGUUUUUGGCAUAACUUCACUGGGAUUUGGAAUUCUUUUCUGUCUGAACACAAAGCCUGUUCUAGUCCUAGCCGGACAUUUUGGGGGGGGUGGGGGGGUGGGGAAGAUACUGUAAUGAAACUGGUUAGUCAAUGUUGUCUUAAUAUUGUUGACAAUUCUGUAAAGUUUCUUUUUAUGAGUAUUUCUGUUUAAGCUAUUUCACCUUUGUUUUGAAAUCCUUCCCUUUUAGGAGAAAAUGUGACACUUGUGAAAAAGCUUGUAAGAAAGCCCCUCUUCCGCGACCCCCCCCUUUUUUUUCUUUAAACCUACUUUAAAGGACAAAUCUAGGUAAUUAAGGUUGUGAAUUUUUAUUUUUGCUUUGUUUUUAAAGAACAUUUGUCUUUCAGAAUAGGAUUGUGUGAUAAUGUUUAAAUGGCAAAAACAAAACAUGAUUUUGUGCAAUUAACAAAAAGCUACUGCAAGCAAAAUAAAACGUUUCUUGGUAACACAA